AAAUCCUGAGGGAUUAGUGAGAACACACUGAGCUGUUAAACCUUCAGUAGCUCUCCAAGGGGUCUGUGCCUCAGUGCGUAAAGUUGGGACGGGGCUCCGGAUGCACCGCGCAGCACUCACUGUGCCACAGGCUCCAUGUGUGUCACCUCUGCGGGAUACUUGACAAGGAUUUGUGAUAUUUUGAUACCACUACCCUCGCGGGUCCCAGGCAGAUGAAAGCAGAGGUGUUUUGUUGAUGUGAAGGCGUUUUCCUUGAAGAGAUCAUCUGUCCCAGAGCGCAGAGGGGACAUGGGUCAACUUUAUGGUGCGACUCUUUUACCAUUUGGCGCUAUCUGUGUCGUUUUCCUGUGGGAAUCUAGUGCCAGCUCUAUCAGGACGACGCUUGCAGUUGACACCUCGAGAACAGAGUGUCCAGAUAGUAAGAUCCUGACAGUGGAGUAUCCCUGUGUCAGUGCAGGGGGGAAGAACAGCACUUGUUUCAGGAGGAAAUGCUGUGAGGGAUUCAGGUUUGUGAUGGGCCAGUGCAUACCUGAAAGCAUAGAUGUGUGUGCAGCAUCACCCUGCGAGCAGCAGUGCACUGACAACUUUGGACGAGUUGUCUGCACAUGUUACCCCGGCUAUCGCUUUGACAGAGAAAGACACCGCAACCACAAAUCUCCUUACUGUCUGGACAUUGAUGAGUGUGAGCACUCAGGCAGCAGUGUGUGUGACCAUGAGUGUGUGAACACAGUGGGCAGCUUCCUGUGUCGCUGUCGCACUGGCUACAUACUUGCACCGGACCAGCGCUCCUGCAUCCCUGUACACAACCUGAGUUCAUCGGGGAAGUCAGACACAUUAAUGAGUGCUGGUAGCUGCUCAUUCACCUGUCAGGAUUUUAUGAACAUGAAAAACAGUUUGCUACAGCUUAAACUGAGGCUGGGCAACACACAGUCACCAAACCAGGUACCUGGUCUGGCUAACAGUAGUGACAAACCAUCUCUGGGGAGGACAGGAAAAAGUCCUGAUAGCCCUUGUCUUCCUGGUCUUCAAGGCCCUCCAGGAGCUCCCGGGGUCCCAGGACACCCUGGAGAGCCAGGAAAAAGAGGGGACCCAGGGGAGAGGGGCCCGCCUGGCCCUCGGGGUCCACGGGGAGACAUGGGACCCAUGGGUCCAGAGCCUGACAUGAAGCACAUCAAAAGAGGCCGCAGGGGGCCGGUGGGACCACCUGGGGCGCCAGGAAGAGAUGGAAUAAAGGGCGACAGAGGAGCUCCAGGUCCCAGAGGUCCACCUGGACCACCCGGCUCCUUUGACUUCCUCCUGCUAAUGAUGGCCGACAUCCGUAAUGAUAUAAUCGAAUUGCAGGAGAAGGUGUUUGGGGAGAGGCGAGGAAUCUCUCUGGACAGUCCUCCUCAGUCCAGUGGGGAGCUGGAUUUUGUAGAGUGGGGCUCUGGACAAGAAGAUCUCAUGCUCAAUACUUGACCUUUGUCUUCAAGGUCACAGUAACAUUUAAACCCAGCAAAACAAUCACCAAACUUAACUAUUUUCUUCACUGAUAAAGGAUGUUGGUAGUCAAUGUGCCAACAUGUAAAUAAUUCCUAAAAUCACAUCUGGGAUGAACUGGGCAAGGAGCCUUGGUUUACGCUCUCAACGCUGCCACAGACUGUAAAACAGAGAGAUACAAAGGAUUACAAAAUCAGAAAUUGGACCACAGUCUCUCUGAGAGUGUGAGAGUCUUGCUGUGGUUCAUAUGCUGUGGUGUGAGUGAGGGACGUGCAUGCAGGACAUAGAGUGAGAACCUGAGUAUGAGCCUUAAUGUCUGAGUCUCUGAGCUGUGCCUCUGAGCUGAACCACUUCAAACGAUGGACUUUAUCGUCUACAUCUCUUCCUGUUCCUGAGUCUGUCCAUGGAGGCUCUGCAGCCACUGACAGUUUGCCUGCAGGGCGAUGGUACAAAGACCCAGGACCCGCACUGUGAGCCUCCCCUGCACCUGUCUGCUGUAUCAAGCCCGCAAGUCUGAACUCUGCAGCUACUCUCUACUCUGAGGCAUCUUCAGAAACCAAUUCAUGAGAGUCAUGAGUACGGACAAUCCCAGUGUUGUUCACUGGGGUUGUUUCAAGUUCAAGUUCAAAAAACAAAACAAACAUUUACUGCAGCAAUAUGUUCGUCUAAAUGUAAUGUAAAAGAAAUAUAUUCGAGAUAUCCAAUCUUCUGACAGUAAACUUCAGACAAGUAGAAUCUGCUGGUAUCUGCUGCUUAGAAAUAAUAUACAGAAAAGGUUGUAGGCAAUAAAAACUUUUAAUUAAAAGGAUAAAAUUAAUUCAUGGUAAGGGUCAAUUUCAAAAAGUGAUUCUAAAAAAAUCAUUUUUUAAAACUUUUAUAACCAAUGUUAUCAGGCAAGUUACUUGUGAACAUAUUCUUUGUUAGAAAUACAGUCUGAAAAGAGCAGUUUCAUGUUCAUGUUCAGGUGUGCCUCUAUUUUCAUACUUACACUCGACCAGAGUUGAUCAGAUACAUGACACAUAGCAGAAGGAAGGCAGCUUGAAAGUUUUUUUUACUGUGAAGAGGCUGCCAAGGAGGGUUAACUCGUUGCUCAAUAAAAGUCUGU